AUGUGGCAUGCGAAGCGAUUCCACAUGGCAGACACGUGGGGGUACAGACUGGCAGCACGGCUGCAUGGCAGGGGCCGUGGCAGCCGGGCAGUGGUGGAGGCAGCAGGCAGGGCGGCCGUGUUGCACGACGCGUCCUACCACUCCGCCAUCCAGCUCACUGGCGCGCAGGCGGACAUCUGCGCUCUGCUCGCGCGCUGCACUCCCCCGGGUGCGCUUCCCCUCGCCCCUCGCCUUCCGCCUGCCACCCCCCACACGCCACAUGCGGCACGCACAGGCAGGGGUGCUGGGGCGAGGAGCGAGGCAGCAUGGGGGGAGGCGGCAGAGGGGGAGGCAUGGAGGCGGGGAGUGUUGGAGCUGAGAGCCAUGCUCUGCUCCGCCGCGAGUGAUACCAGCAGCAGCGACGUGAUUGGUCCGGCCAGUUUCAUGUGGCAGCCAGUGGCGUGUGCAGGCGGGGCGGCAGUGCAAGGGAGUGGUAAUGGUGGUGGUGGUGAUGCACCCUUAGGUGCUGGCGUUGGUGCUGCCAGCAGUGGGUGUGGUGGGAGAGAGGGAGGCGGUGGGGAGGUGAAGGGAGGGCAGAAGGCGGGGAUGGGGUGGAAGCAGUGGAGGAGGGAGAGGCAGGGGCGGCGCAAGCAGGAGCAGCGGCGGCAGAGGCGCGUGUGGGUGUGGGUGCACGCGCUCAUGCUGCCCGACGCCCUCGCCGCCCUCACCGCUGCCAGUCAGCCUGUAUUCCUUCACGGUUCUCCACCCAUACAGAGCCAGGAGAGUGGCAGCGAGCAGAAGGGCACAAGGCGGAGGCGGGUGAGUGUGGAGAGUCGUGAGGGCGAGUUGUGUCGCCUAGAGGUGGCGGGGCGAACGGCCCUCCCCCUGCUGCUCUCCGUGCUGCGCCCCUCCGCCCCUUGGGACACCCUCUCCCCCGCGCUGCUGCCGCCACCCUUCCCUGCUGCUGCUGCCCCUGCCGCCUCUGCCUCCCCUGCUGCUCCCGCCUCUGCUUCGCCUGCUGGCCACUCUGACUCGUCCGCUGCAGCAUCACUUCGCCUGCAGCAGUCGGAAGCAUCCUGGAAGGUGCUGGCGGAGCACGGGGCGGACCUCCCUGGAGGGGCCGUGGUGGGGUUCAGAGCCCUGGACGCGCGGCUGCUGCCGGGCAGUGGCACGGAGGCUGCUGGGGGUGCUGGAAGCGUUGCUGUGGCACACAGGGGUGGUCUCUGUUUUGAUUGGUGCAGAGAUGUGGCAGGAUCCGUUGAUGGGGGUGCCAUUGCCGCUGCUCCCGGCCUGUCGGUUCCGAGGGAGCCACGGAGGGCAGGACGCUGCAGGGGGGGCGAUGAGGCAGGCGGGGAGAAGGGGAAUGGGUCAGGCGAGGAAAGUGCGGAGAUGCGUGAUGAGUGGGAGGGCGAGGAGGAGAUGAUGGGCGAUGGUGGAGAUGAGAGGGCGGAGAGGCGUGAAAGGGUGGGAGGGCAGGGAGGAGGCGCGGCAGGCACACCAGCCAUGGCUGGUGGUGCCCGCGCUGCUCUCCCUCCCCCCCAGCACCUGCUGGAUGCCUGGCGGCGCGCUGUCAAGCUGCAGGGGCUCAUGGGGGCGCGCGAGGCACGGCGCAUGGGGGAGAGCGUGGCCGGGCAGUGGGCACAGUGGCAGGCGAGCGGGGGGGAGAGGGGGGGUGGUGGUGAGGGGCGUGGAGGGGGAGGUGGGGCGUGUGGAGGAGACGCGCAGGGAGGAUUGUUGUGUGGGGAGCAGCCGGGGUGCGAUGUGGUGGUGGUGAAGCAUGGGUGCGGUGCCAUGCAGGGUGCUGGCGUGACCAGGUGGUCGAUCAUCCUGCCAUCUGAUUGGCUGCAGGCGUGCUGGCACCCCUUCAUCCUGCGUGGCGCGCAUGCCAUCGGCCUUGCCGAGAGGCACACGCUCUUCACAGCGGCGGGUCUGCCUCUCUUUCCUUACGACUACCCUGAGACCUUCUCCUACAGGUGCCACGUGGCAGCCUCCUAUUUGCUGCAGCGCGCCCGCUACGACCGCACGCCGCCCUCCAAGCGGCCUCUGUGUCCCCCCCUGGCGCCUGCCUGGGCCGCCGCUUGUGGUGCUCGGGGAGGGGUCGGGGGGGGAGGAGAGAGCGGGGGAGGCGGAGGGGAUGGGGGAGAGGAGGGUGGAGGGGAGGCAGAGGCACCAUGUGAUGUUGACCUGAGGGUGGCCCGCUGCCCUGCUGCCGUGCUCUCCGCCUUGCUGCCUGCUGUGCUGCACGAUGGGUGUCGUGGUGGUGGUGGGGAUGGUGGUGGCGGUGAGGGCGCGCGCAGCAUGGCAGUACGAUGGGAGGGUCACGGCACAGGGAAGAGCGGGAGGGGGCAGGCAGGGCAGGCGGGCAGCGGGGAAUGCGAGAGGGUGGUGAGAGGGGUGGGCGGGGCGCAAGGUUCACGGGUGAGUGUGGAGUGGAGGCGAGUGGGGGAGAGGGAGAGAGGGCCGGGCGCAUGGCAGGAGAGAGGUGCUGGUGGUGCUGGUGGGGGGUGUGGGGCGGAAGGGCAGGGAGGGUGGAGCGUGAGUAUGAUGGAUGUGGACUCGCCUGCACCAUGCCCUCCACUGCCCCUCCAUGGUCUCUCAAGCAGUGCAGCGCCACAGCAUGAGCAGCAGGGGAGGUGCAUGGUGGCGGUGCGAGUGGUGCCGGCGGGCAGGGGGGCAGCGCAGGCAGCAGCAGAGCUGUGUGUGCCGUCGCCUCACGACUUCCACCGCUUCUGCUCGCGACUCACUGGGGCUGCUGUGCUUGGGCUCGGCUCCGUACCUGGUGCCGUGGCUCGGAAGACAAAGCGGCAGCUGCGGAAGCAGAAGCAGCGGGAGAGGAGGCGAGGCACAGAGGAGCAGCAGUAUGUGGCGAGCUUGAGGGGGAGGGCGGGGCUGCAGAGGAGGGGGGGUGAGGGGGCGAGGGAAGAGAGCCAAGGGCGUGGAGGGGCACGGCCGGGGGCGGUGGAGAAGGGGGUUCGGGAAGUGGUUGGGUUUGUGACGAGUGCUGCACCACGAGGCAGCAAGAGCCGGGUGUCACUGGGGUGUGUGCGCGCAUCAGCCCUGCAUGCAGCCGCAUGCCGGCAGUACUCCUCCUCCAUCCCCUCCCUCUCCACCAUCCCCUCCCUCUCCACCUCACCCUCCUCCACGCUGCUUCCUUCUCUUCGUGUGCUGCUGCUCAUGCGCUGCCCUGCCUCCUCUGCCUACCGCCCCGUGCUCGUCUCACUCGCUACGGAAGACUCGGGACACCUGGCAAGCACUGGUUGGUCGUGA